UGAUUCAAAACACAAGAGAAACUCAGACAGUCAGGGAUGCAACCUUGGGUUCCCCAGCGACCGCCUCAGCCAGGGGGGAGACCCACAGGAUCGUCAAAGGAUCCAGACCGAGGGCUUUGGAGAGACGGAUAUCAUCGGCCUGUUCCUCACUCUUGGCGCAAUGGAGAGAGGUUCUACCAAUGGCAAGACAUCCGAGGGAGCCCCCAGCCACACCAGAACCCCAGGGCAGACCACCAGCGGCCUCAUUACGUGUCCAGGCCUGGGGAAUGGCAUCAGCCUGUGUCUGGGGUUGACUGUUAUGAAGGUUAUUAUCCCGUUCAGCUGUAUUCAAGGCCAGGCCUCGAGGAUCCAUAUCAGAGCUAUCAUUCUCCAACCCUAAGGGAAGAAUAUGCUUAUGGAGGUUAUUAUCACCAUGGAUACCCACAGCAGCUACAGGAAGAAAGAGUGCCAAGGCAAAGGAGUCCUUAUAUCUGGCAUGAAGAUUAUCGAGAUCAAAAAUACCUCAGUGAACACGAUCGUGAAAACCAGAAUAGUCCGUUUGGAACAAAUGGUGAGAGCCAGUUCCAAUUUCAGAGUCGGAACCCUUAUGAAGACAGCCCUGCUUCUAACUCUGGACAGGAGAGGCCUGGGGACCUAUUUCCAGAGAGUCCACAAACUGGGGCACAGAAGAAUAAGCCAUCACUGACCAACAAGUCCAACCUUCUCCGGCAGCACGAGUCUGGUCUCAGCUCCAGCAGCUACGAGCUCAGUCAAUACAUGACAGAUGCCUCUGAGCCGUAUGACCGCUUGGCUUCAGCCGCUUGGAGUCCCAUUCAGGCUGAGGAUGUCUCGGCAGCUGGUCCCAAGGCACCCAUGAAGUUCUAUGUCCCUCAUGUGCCUGUGAGUUUUGGGCCAGGAGGUCAGCUGGUGUGUGUGGGUCCCAGCUUUCCCAGUGAUGGACAAACGGCCCUUGUUGAACUGCACAGCAUGGAGGUUAUUCUAAAUGAUUCUGAGGAACAAGAGGAGAUGAGGACUUUCUCAGGACCCCUGAUCAGGGAAGAUGUGCACAAGGUGGAUGUCAUGACAUUUUGCCAGCAGAAAGCAGCUCAGAGCCGCAAAACUGACACACCGGGGAGCAGAGACUUGGCUCUACUGUGGCAGCUGUUGGUUCUCCUUUGUCGGCAGAAUGGGUCCACGGCGGGGUCUGACGUUGCGGAGCUGCUGAUGCAAGACUGUAAGAAGCUGGAGAAGUUCAGGAGGCAGCCCCCUGUGGCCAACCUCAUCAAUCUGACCGAUGAGGACUGGCCAGUGCUGAGCUUAGGGACCCGCAACCUGCUCACUGGGGAGACUCCCCCCAGCAUGGAGAUGCCUGUGCAGAUCGUGGAGAAAUUCACUAAACUGCUCUACUACGGAAGGAAGAAGGCAACCUUGGAGUGGGCCAUGAAGAACCAUUUGUGGGGACAUGCUCUGUUCCUGGCCAGCAAGAUGGACGCAAGGACCUACAGCUGGGUUAUGAGUGGCUUCACCAGCACGCUGGCGCUCAACGACCCACUGCAGACCCUCUUCCAGCUCAUGUCGGGGAGGAUCCCACAAGCAGCCACGUGUUGUGGGGACAAGCAAUGGGGAGACUGGAGGCCUCACUUGGCUGUCAUUCUGUCGAAUCAAGGUGGGGACCCAGAGCUGCAUCAGCGUGCGAUUGUCACCAUGGGGGACACCCUGGCUGGGAAGGGGCUGGUGGAGGCAGCUCACUUCUGCUACCUCGUGGCUCACGUGCCCUUCGGCUGCUACACCGGGAAGACAGACCAUCUGGUCUUGCUGGGCAGUAGUCACAGUCAAGAGUUUUUGAAAUUUGCAACAACUGAGGCUAUCCAGAGGACGGAAAUCUUCGAGUACUGUCAGAUGCUGGGCCGCCCCAAAUGCUUCAUCCCUUCUUUCCAGGUGUAUAAGCUCCUUUAUGCUUCCCGUCUGGCAGAUUAUGGCCUUGCGUCCCAGGCCUUGCAUUACUGCGAAGCCAUUGGCACGGCCCUCCUUAGCCAGGGAGAGAGCAGUCACCCUGUGCUAUUAGUGGAACUCAUCAAGCUAGCAGAGAAACUGAAGCUGUCAGAUCCUCUGGUUCUAGAGGGACGCCGUGGGGAGAGGGACCUGGAGCCACACUGGCUAGUGCACCUUCGGAGGCGGCUGGAGGAGCUGGUAGCAGGCCACAUGGGCGAUCCUCCUUCUGCUCACUCAGAUAUUUUGGGAGCCAGAGGAACAACAGAAAACACUUUCUACCAGGAUCUCUCAGGACAUCAAGGCGACUCAGAAGCCUUUGGGGACCGCUCAGCCCUGUGGCCAACACCGGAGCAGAUGGGCCUAGCCUGGCCCAGCCCACAGGCGCCCUUUCCUCUCCAGCCGGGCUCUUACCCAGCGGGAGGAGGUUCCGGGCAGAUAGGGGUCCCAGUGCCUCUUUACUCGGUUCCCGAGACCUGUCUGCCAGGGCCUGGUGGCAAUGAGGCAGUGACAGGGGCUCCUGGAGGAAGAGCCUGGGAGGAAACCCAGCAGAUACACCUGCCCCCUGAAGAGAACACAGCGUCUCAAGAGACCUUCCAGCAGCCUGAUGGUCAAAAGGUCAUUUCCAAACCACAGGUGCCACUGAUUCCCAGAGCACGAAAUAUUUCCGAGAGUUCCACCAUUUCAGUCAAGGAGGAUGAGGAGGAGCCCUCCUACGAGGCAGAUAAGAAAUCUCCCCAAAAUACUGCACAGAGAGAAAAGCCAGGGGAUGUGAAAGAGAGCACAAAGAGCUCAGGGUUUGGCUGGUUCAGCUGGUUUCGCUUGAAGCCCACCAACAACGUGUCCCCCUCUGGAGAUGAAGACUCAUCUGACAGUCCUGACUCUGAGGAGACCCCCAGAGCAUCUGCCCCUCCCCAAGCUAGCCCAGGCCUCUCACCGACACCUCUCCCCGGGACCCAGGCUCUGCUGGGCGCCAGCGCCUUUUCCAGGGGCACAGGUGGGGGUGAGGUCCAAGGAUCAGCGUCCAGUGGCAGAACAGCCGAGGGCACUGGGAGUGGAGGCUUGUCUGGGCUUGAGGGUGUUUCCUCUGAGCUCAACUUUAACCCUGGUGUUCUGCUUCCCUCACCCACCUUGAAAGGGCCUGUUCCUCUCUACAACCCAUCUCAGGUCCCCCAGCUUCCCACAGCUACUAGCCUGAACCGGCCAAAUCGUCUAGCUCAGCGCCGCUACCCAACCCAGCCAUGAUAAGAAUGACUACCUGUCCCAGGCUGGUCUCCCUGAAGCACAACUUUAAUGUUGCUUUCCUUUCUUAAUCUCCCAGCCCCUCUGCCAUAUUGGGGCCCCCAAGAGAGUUGUGCUGGCCUAUUGCCUCCAUUGGGCAUGGAGAAGGCAAGGGGACAGGGUCUCCCAGGACACAGCUCAGUCCAGUCUCUUAAGAUUAGUUUCAGAACUAUGGGAAUUACUUCAUCAGGUGGGAAAGCUGGGUGUAAUGGCAGCCUGGAAGUGAGCGGACUGCCAUGGCCGCAGCACUUGGAAUGGUGACUUUAGAUCCUCAGGAAAGUCAGGGCCUAACAAUACCACUGCUGGGAUCAGUGAUGACACCACUGGGCUCUGCAGAAGGAAAUUAUUGAGGAGGGAGGCGCUCAGAGGAAUAUUCUAAACUAACUGACUGCUUCCUCAGUCUUAGUUCUAGACCGAUUCAUGGCUCUAGUUAGCAAAAUUUUUAUACUGAAACUUGAUUUUUGCUUCCUGUCAUAAUUCCCUCUUCAGUGACAUUUCAGCAGUUUCCCUCUUGGUCCUGGUUUUGUGCACAUUUUUUAUGUGGUUCAGAUUAAUUAUAUUUCUCUCACUUUCUUAGCUGGUCCUAUUUUUUCACAUUCUGGCAACUGGCUAUCAAGUUAGAUUGCUGUAGGCAGCAUAUCGUCAUGGUAACUACUGAACCUAAUGAUGCAGAUGGAUGGAACAUCAGUAUAAUAAAUGACGGAAAAUGUUUCCUAAAAAUUCACCCCUUCCAUAAGAGAGGAGGAAUGAGUGCCUGAUAUUGUUAAUACCUCCCUUCCUACCUCAGGCCUUUGCAAAUUGAUGUUCGGAGGGUCACUGGAGCCAGAGUGAGGAGGAAGACAAUGUGGAAAUUUCCAUUUCUCCUUUCAAACCCAAAAUAGGAAUGACUCUUGCUGUUUGUCAGAUUUGCUGAAAAUUGCUCCUCACAAAGAACAUUUUUUUGUAUGUGUAAUUGUACAUAUGGGUUUUGUACUCUAAUGUACUAUGGUUCUGAUGUUGAUGGCGAUUAAACCAGAU